GUGGUUUUCUUGAUGAAUGCGUUGCUGUGCAAUGGGCUUGUUCUUGUCACAAAACACCAUAGCUUUGGAUGGUUAGCCCCCCAUGUCACGUCACCCCCUUACUCGCGAGACUUCUUCUUCUUCGUUUGUUGCUGGUCUGCUUGAGGCGCUGAGUAAGGUCACGGACCCGAGCCGGCCUCUGCCGACUUCGGGACUUUCUGCCGGCUCCAUAGCCGAGCCGUCGCCGGCGAUCCCGCAUCAUCCGACGUCCGGAGCCGGGCGCCGGCUCGAUACCGCGACGACUACUCGCCCCAAGCACAAUGGGCACACGGAUUCUCAAGAGUCCGGAACCACGGCUAUGGAGGGCAGCAACGGAAGCAGGGCACACGAGGAUGGCGAUGCGUCGGGCAAGAGCACACGGACGACAUGGAAUUCUCUGGCCUCUACGGUUGGGAAGUUGGGUCUUGAUAAGCCAACCCUGACCGCCAUGUUCAAGGGCUCCAUCCCGCCGACGAUAGGCAUCGCCAUGUACCAAUCGACCGCAGUAUCGUCCUACUUCACCACGAUCGGCUACCUGAUCCCCGUCAUCAGCGUGCUUGCCAUGGCCAUCAUGCCGCGGGGCAAGUUCUUCAUGAACCUGCUGCUCAACCUGCUGGCCGUGUGUUUCGGGUCGGCCGUGUCGAUGCUGGCGCUCUGGUCCGCCGUGCAGGCGCGUCUCCACACCGCCAGCACCAGCACCACCACCGGCACCAGCACCAGCACGGCCUACCGCUACAACUCGAGCCAGUCGGCCGUGCUGGGCGUCUGGCUGUUCGCCAACAUCUACCUCGGCAACGUGGUGCGCGCCAAGCGGCCGGCCUUCAACCUGCCCAUCAUCGUGUACAGCAUCAUCGUCAACGUGGCGUCGACGUACGGGCCUUUCAUGACCACCACCGCGGCCGCGCGCGCCUUCAUCGAGAAACUGCUCGCCGCCAUGCUGCUGGGCCUGGCGCUCGCCCUGGCCGUGAACCUGGUCGUCUUCCCCGUCAGCAGCCGGCUGGUGCUGUUCAAGGAAUUCGCGGGCGCCAUCGGGCUGCUGAGGAAGAUUGUCGCCCUGCAGAAGGACUACCUGCUCAGCCUCGAGUCCGACAGCAUCCUGCGCGCCGCCACCCACACCGAGACGUUCCUGGCCAAGCCGGAGGCCACUACUACUACUAGGACUAGUAAUAAGGACUCCUCCUCCUUAGAGGGCAGCGGGCUCACGAAGGAGGCGGAGGCGGCGAGGGCUUUGGAGGCGGCCGCUGCGGGUAUGAGGGAACUGGCUGGGAAGCUGAGUACUGACUUGCCGUUUGCCAAACGUGACAUUGCCUGGGGUAAGUUGGACGCCAAAGACCUGAGCGAGCUGCUUAAGCUGUUUCGCAAUGUAUACAUCCCAGUGCAGGGCAUGGUCACCAUCAUCGACAUCUUGAAGCGCUUCUCCGAACACCCCCGCGCGGAUGUUGCCGGUGACGAAGAGGAGGAGGUGGAGGAGGAGGAGGAGGAGGAGGACGGAGUGGCCGAGGCUGUCACGCAGAAGAGUCUGAACGAGGUCAUGAAGCAGGUGCACGAGCCCUUCGAGAUCCUGUCCGUGGCGAUUGAUCAGGGGCUGGAGCAUGCGGGAACCGUCCUGGAACUGCUCCCCAAGAAGAAAGAGAAAAAAGACAGAAAGGCCGCGAGACGAGCAUCAUCCGCCGACCCCGACAUCGAGGCAGCAGCAGACGAAGUCCAACCCGGCGCCGCGGGCUUUGCGCAGGUCCUAGACGAAAAACUGCACGCCUUCCAGUCGCGGAAAGGCGAGCUGCUCCGAACCUGGCUCUGCGGGAAGGGCAUCCGCCUCCACGACGACGACGAAAGCAACAACAACAACAACAACAACAACAACAACAACGCGGAGGAGGACUCUGCCUCGUUCCCGAGCGAGCGCGAGCAGGUGCAGCUGUACAUCGUGCUGUACUUGGAGAAGCUGAUGCACGAGGCCGGCACGGCGGUGCGCGACCUGGUCGACUUUGCCGACGAGAAGGUCGCCGACGGCACCAUGGCCCGCCAGCGCCUGAUCGUGCCCUCGUUCCGCCGCCUGCGCAAGUGGUUCUGGUCCGUCUUCCGCAGCGGCGAGUCGUCCGAGGAGCAGACCUCGGGCGCCAUGGGCAUGGGCGCCAGUGCGAAUAUUGUGUAUUUCGGGGAUGGGUAUAAUCGUAAGAGCGACCCGGAGCAUCUGCCGCCUGCUACGCCGUGGCAGCGUUUUGGGAAUGGGCUGAGGAAGGUGUCUAGGUUCUUUGCGUCUGUGGAGUCGGUGUUUGGGUUUAGAGCUGCUUGUGCAACCAUGUCGAUUGGCAUUGUGGCUUUUUUAGAGCCAACUCAGGUGUUCUUCAUGGAGCAGAGGCUCUUUUGGGCUAUGAUUAUUGUCUCGUUUGGAUUAACCAUGACAUCCGGCCAAUCCUUCUUCGGCUUUCUACUGCGAGUCGCCGGCACCGUCGUGGCCAUGUGCCUAUCGCUCAUCGAGUGGUAUAUCGUGGAUGGACGGACGCCCGGUGUCAUCGUGUUCCUCUGGCUGUUCAUCCUCAUCUGCUACUACUUCUUCCUCAAGUUCCCGCGCUUCAUCCCGGGGGUCAUGAUCACCAUCGUGACCCAGUGCCUGAUCAUUGGCUACGAGAUCCAGGUGCGCGCCAUUGGAGUACAGGUUGCCGAAGCGAAUGGGCAGCCAUUCUACCCGACAUACCUGCUCGCUCCAUAUCGCCUUGCCUGCGUGGCAGGCGGGAGUCUUGUGGCCUUCUUCUGGACGAUAUUCCCCUCCCCCCUGACGGACCGGACAUGGCUGCGGCGCGACCUGUCGGCGACGCUCUACCUGCUGGCCAACUACUUCGGCGUCAUCCACUCGACGCUGCGGUCCAACGUGCACGGCACGGCGGGCGACGUCAACAUGCCCGGCACGCCGGCGCACCACCUGUUCAAGGUCGGGCGCAAGAUCUUCGGCAAGGUCAUGACGCUCAUCCCGUCCAUGUCGCAGCACUCGGAGUGGCAGAGGUGGGAGCCCACCAUCGGCGGGAAGUUCCCGCGCGACGCCUACGACCAGAUCAUCAUGCGCAGCACCCGCAUCAUGGCCUACCUGACCCUGACCGAGCACACGCUGAUGCACCCGACCCGUAUCAGCCUCCGGGACCGCGACCGGGACCGGGAUGGAGGAGAAAGUGACGACGGAAGAUCCCACCAAUCCCGGAAAUACUAUUACGGACAGCAUUACGGCGGGUUUCCAACCUCCCGCAACCCGUCCCGCAACCCCUCGCGCAACCCCUCGGUAUCAACGGCCAACCGCGAGUGGCUCAGCGCGCUGGCCGAGGUCCUCGAGGUGCUCAAGCCGACGCACCACACCAUCGUGUCCACGCUCACUUUGUUAUCCAACUCCCUUCUCUCGGGCCAGCGCCUGCCGCCCUGGCUGCCCCUCCCGCGGCCCUACGAGCUGACCCGCAGGCUGAUGCGCAUGUCGCAGCAGCAACAGAUCCCAGACGAUGCGUCAUCGGCCGCGGUCGACUUGCCGCCGAUCAAGAUGGUCAACUCCCGCACGGGACUGGAGGAUCACUACUACUCCCAUCAUCCUUAUCCUUCCCACUCCCAGCAUCAUCACGGGGAGGGAAGGAAAGGUACUACUAGGAGUAGUAAUAGGGUCGGGAUCCGCCGGGACGCCGUGGCCAACAUACUAGACCCGCGCAACAUCGAGCAGCCGGGCUACGCCGAGUUUGCCGUUCUCCAGGUCUGCACCACGCUCGUGUGUGACGAUCUGGAGGGGUUGGUCAGGAGUGUGAGCGGGUUGGUGGGCGUGGUGGAUUUCAGUUUCCGGCUUGGGCCCGGGGAGGAAGGGGCUGGGAGUGAUUCCACGCUGGACUUGUCGUCGUCGAGAGGCGGGAAUGCGAAG